AUGGCUGACCCGGGAGAAGAUACCAUUUUUGAGGAGAGAGAGGAGAACAUGGUUUCACCCACAGGUGGAAAACCCACCCUCAGAAUUGCCCGUUUCUCAAACCCACAGAGAUACCCACAAAAGGGAUGGCAAACAUGGGUUGAUCAGUUGAAACCUCUGUACCAACAGACAUGGAAGAAAGCUGGCAUAUAUGAAGCAAUCUUGGCUUCUACGUACCAAACCCUCCGACACAACGAUUUGGUCAUUGCACUUGCAGAAAGGUGGUGUAUUGAGACCAAUACAUUCAUCUUUCCUUGGGGUGAAGCAACUGUUUCAUUGGAAGAUAUGGUGGUUUUGGGAGGUUACUCUGUCUUGGGUGACCCUGUUUUUAGCCCUCUUUACUAUAUAAGACUUGAUCCAAGUUCAUCAAAAUCUGAUCAAAGCUCAUAA